AAAGAUUUUAUGCUAUAUUUCUACCGUCAUAUUCAUAUACUACGCGCUUCUUCUACCCUUCUCCCGAAGAACAUACAUACAUACGCAUAUUCUUUUACUCCAAAUUAUAUUCAUAUAUUCUUUACUCUCCUCGAUCACCGUUGACAUUUAAUUCCCCCAAAGCUUUUCCAACAAGAUCCAAGCUUUUCUGUGUCGGUUUCCGCCGCCAUUUCCCCCGCCGGCCGGAAGUUUAAGGUGCAAGUGCAGAAAAUAUGGUUGUAUCUAUCUCUGCCUUCGUUCAAUGCUUCUGCGUAUGAGUGCUCGACACGUACCCUAGAUUCUCCGGAGCAGAAGUCAAUGCUCUGAUCUGAGCCGUCGUCUAUUUUCACCGCCAGAAUUUGAGUUUUUUUUACGGGUUUCGGGUUCGCGCCUCCAGGAUGUUGCGAAUGAAGAAUAAAACCACCUCUCCGGCGGCGGCGGCGGCGGCGAACGGCGGCGGAAAUGGGAACGAGUGGGAGAUGAGGCCGGGGGGAAUGCUGGUGCAGAAACGGGGUCCAGAUUCGGAAAACCUACCCCCUCCUCCUAAUAUUCGGGUUCGGGUCAAGUACGGGUCUAUCUACCAUGAAAUCAGUAUCAGCUCCCAGGCCACUUUUGGGGAGUUGAAGAAGAUGCUGACAGGGCCAACUGGGAUGCACCAUGAAGAUCAGAAGCUUUUGUUCAAGGACAAAGAGAGGGACUCGAAAGCCUUUCUUGACACUUCAGGGGUGAAGGAUAAGUCCAAGAUUGUGCUAAUUGAGGACCCUAUUAGCAAGGAGAAAAGAUAUCUUGAGAUGAGAAAAAAUGCUAAGAUGGAGAAGGCUGCAAAAACCAUAUCAGAAAUCAGCUUGGAGGUUGACAGGCUAGCUGGUCAGGUUUCUGCACUAGAAUCUGUGAUUUCAAAAGGUGGGAAAGUUGCAGAGAAGAGUGUUAUCAAUGUGAUCGAGUCAUUGAUGACUCAACUGGUUAGAUUGGAUGGUAUUGUUGCUGAAGGGGAUGUUAAAGUGCAAAGGAAAACACAGGUGGCGAGGGUGCAAAAGUAUGUCGAGACUCUAGAUCUGUUGAAACUCAAAAACUCGGCGCCAACUAGCAAUGGUAAUCAUAGCGAGAAUCUAAUUCCAACCAGCAAUGGUAAUCACACUCCAAUAGCUAGGGGGGACUCGUUUGGGAAUUCACCUGUACUAACGCCAAAACACCAGAUAGAGCCCUCGAGGCACUCGGCCUCGGGGCCUGUUGUGAUAACUACACAAUGGGAAACCUUUGAUCCUGCCCCGGCUCCUUUGUUGGAUCCCUUUUCGACAGCCACGAGCACCUCAGGUUCAGCCCACCCUAGAGUCAGCUGGGACUUGCUUUCUUAAGUAGUACGGCCAAGAAUCUGUGCCAUUGUGUGGAUAUGCCGUGGCUUGCAUUUCUUCUUCAAGUUGGUUUGAUUUCGAUUCUCCAUUCUUUUCUGUAUUUACAGUUUUUGGUAUAGACACGUGAGAAAUAAACGUGGUUACCACACAUUGUAAGAUGCUCCCUUCAAUGGUAUUUAUCUCUGGUUUCUGUAGGUUAAUUGAUACAUAUUCAGUCAUGUGUACAUUGAUACUUGGAUAUUACUAGGAUAUGGUAAUCAUAAUCUUCAAUGAAGAAUAUAUGCAUUUUUGAA